ACAGGUUCGGAUGUGAACAAUCCCAUCCGGAACGGUAGUUUUGUUCGUUUCAUGUGUGCGUCGCACGGGUAGCAGAAAAUGGAUUAAAAUAUCUUGUUAAAAUAGUUUAUUUCGUGGUAGAAAUAGUUCCAAAACAUCAUUGAAACUUCACUGCAGAUGACAUCCAAGGCCAAAUAGAAGAAGCAAAAUAAACACCUUUGGCGUUCACAUAGUGGAAAUAAACAGCAACACAGCAUCAGACACGAUCACCAUGUCUCAACCACAGAAUAUCGGCGAUGUAAUAGAUACCCGGCGACGGUCACGUUCCAAGACUCCUAGCAUGAAUCUGCGCGUUAGCUCCGAUCGUGAGCUAAACGGGUCGGAGACGUCGCCUGGACGUAAAGUACGCAAAACGCCUACGGUCGGUAUGAUCGAGGAGGAAGCAUCACCCGCCGUCCAGAAGUCAGUUGCUGCGGCCGCUCAAGGACGGGCCACCACCGUGCGCACCGCCCGCAACGUAACGUCCGAUUAUUCGUCCGAGGAUAUAUCGCCGGACCGUGCACGGCAGGCAGCAACCGUCGUGGCAGCAAACGCACAGCUCUCCAAAACCAUGAGCCAGCUGACGCAAUCGUCCGUUAAUACCACAACAACGACGACAACUACCCAACAGACGACCGUCAUUCUCGACGGUGGCAAGGAAAAAAUUAGCACACGAACCGUCACGCAAACCAGUGCAAAUGCAAACGAGAAAGAUAAUGGCACCACCGGGAAGGAAACCCUUUCGACAUCGCCAAAGAAAGAUACCGACACGCAGAAGUCUUUGAGCACCGCCACAACGGCGACGCGAAGCACCAAAUCGUCCACCGGUACUGCUGCCGCCGUCAUUCGCACGAGCACACCGAAGAAUGCCGCCCAAAAGUUGAGCUCGGCAAAGGUAAUUCUUACGCCGGAUGAAUUGCAGCAACAUGCGGCCUACAAAGAGUAUCUGGAGGCGGGCGAGUACUGGAACAAGUACCCGAAGACGGACUACACGUACUCGGAGCUGUCGCCGCACCGGCGCGAGGUAGCACCGGGGCUGGUUGCGAUGCCGAACAUGUCCCGGCCGAGUCUGAACAAGCACGCCGAACGGGUGCAAACGAUGAUCCAGCGCAAUCCCGAGCAGGAAGCGUUUAUACGCGAGCGCUACACUUCGGCCCGGUCGCGGCUGAUCCGAUCGAAUCCGUACGAUUCAAACGACGAGACGGACGAACUGUCGCAGAGCAAGAGUAUCCAUCGGCAGCAACAGCGCGUCACGAUCGAGCAUCGUUCGAUCGUCAGCCGUUUCUUCCUGUCGAUCGUUACGUUCUGCUUUACGUGCGUCGAUUCCGUGCGCAACGUGUUUCGUCGCCGGGAGGAACAGCACAUGUACUACACACGCAUUGAGGAUGAACGAGGCUUUUUUGCGCGCGUUAGCGGUUAUGUGACGUCCUUCUUCGUGAACCUAUUCAAGCGCAUUUAUCUGUUCAUAUCUUCUGUACUGUUUUUGGACACUUGGUUAUUACAAACGGCGUCAGCUAAUACCGAACAACAGCAGGGUGGACAACGAAAGCGUCGCUUCCUAAUGUUCCUGCUGCUGCUAUUACCAUUGUUACUUAUUGGAGCGUACCUGUUAGCGGACGAGGAUCAAACGAUCGUUUUACCAGCAUCGUCUCGUGCCACACUUGCACUUUCAUCGCUGUCCCGCAUUCUUCCAUCAAAUCUAAAGGAUUCGGAAGUGGAUAUUGAAUCUAUUUACCAGUACAUGAACGAAAAGAAUUUGAACUUCCGCGCAAAUGUACUUUCCGCAUCGUCGUUCCUAACAGCACUGUCACCAUUCGGAUGGCUACCGGCCAUCUCCUGGCCCUGGUCAUGGUCAUGGAGUUGGAAUGUUGGUGAUGGUAGUAGAAAAGAUACGCCAUCGCGUGAAACCAUUCGCAACACGCUGCAGCGUACCCUCAGCAAGGAAGAAUUCGAAGAACUGAUGCGCUAUAUCGAUGGGUACAUUGACGGUGUGAUGGAACAAAAGUACGCUUCCAAGGUGGAAGUGGAACGGUUGCAGAGGUCCACCGAAUCGGCUGUAAGGGAAAUUAUUACUCCCGAAAUUACCGUUCACGUGGCGCAAGUAAUCGAGGAAAGUUUGAGAUCAUACAACUACCAUCUAAAAGACAGUGACAUUGAUAAGGUGGCGGAAAAAGUUCAACAAACGCUGCAAACCAACUAUCCCCGGCUAUUUAAGGAAUCGUCGCAAAGCGAAGACCCUACCCCGGAAAGAGGUAGCGUUGUGCUGUCAAAGGAAUACAUUGCCGAGAUCCAGCGAUUAGUUGAGCAACAUAUAACGGUGCAGCAUAAUCAUUACACCAUCAGUGGAUCUCAGCUAGAGGAUAUUUUGGGGCGCAUAUUAUUGUCUGAUAAACUGAGCGUAUUAAUCGAUCAAAGAAUUCUUGCAAACAGUGUCGCACAGUCCGAAGAUCGUGAUGCCGAAGAACAACGCCAGCGAGAAGCUUUGGUGGACGAUCUGCGGAAGGAGUUGAAGGAUAUUAAAGCACAAUUUAGCGAGCAGCUGUUGAGCAGCAGUGUGCAAUGGGAGGAACGGCUUGUGCUGGUGCAACAAAAUCAAAAACAGUUCGAAGAACAAUUGAAAUCCUACCGGUUAGAGAGUAAUGAACUGUACCAGAAACUAUUGGCCGAUAUUGACAAUCGUUUGAACGCGUUAAGGGAGGAAAAAUACGAAGGAGUGAAUAAGGUUAUCCGCGAAAACAUCAUCACAAUCUUAGGCCUUAACGUAAAGCAAGACAUCGCCGAUGCUGAUCUGCGUGCGUGGAUUAACGGACUGUUCGUAGCACGGGACCAUCUUGAGCAGCGAUUAGAAGAGAUUCAGGCGAAGGUAAAUGUGGACGUGCGCGAAGAAAUCAAUCGUGCAGCAGCUCGAUUGAUGCAGGAAAUAAGCGAACAGAUGCGCAUGGAAAUGAUGUUUCGGUUGAAGGAAGAAAUGGAAUCCUCCGCCACCAGCCAUAGAACUGUUACCUCAGAGAGUAAAACAUCCGCCGAUGGUGAUGAUGCUCCUCCCAAGCUUACAAGCUCCAAUCUCACCGAGGACGAUGUGAAGCGUAUCGUACGGGAUGCGCUAAUAGUGUACGAUGCCGACAAGACGGGUAUGGUGGAUUAUGCGCUCGAAUCUGCCGGCGGUCAGGUGCUGUCGACCCGGUGCACCGAAAGCUAUCAGGCGAGUUCGGCCGAGUUUCGCAUCUUCGGCAUUAUACCGAUAUGGUAUCCGUCCAACACACCGCGUACGGUCAUUUCGCCCACGAUGGAACCGGGCCAGUGUUGGGCGUUCCAAGGAUUCCCCGGCUAUCUGGUCAUACAAUUAAAUACCGAGAUUUUCGUGACUGGCUUCACGCUGGAGCAUAUUUCCAAACUGCUUGUAUCGAACGGAUCAAUUAGCUCAGCCCCGAAGCACUUCACUGUUUGGGGUCUGGUGGCACUGAACGAUCCCGAACCUGUCCUGCUGGGCAGCUACGAGUACCUGGACAAGAUGGGGAGUAGUGUGCAGUACUUCCCGGUGCAAAACAAGGACUGGAAGCAACCAUUUCAGAUCGUAGAACUGCGCAUCGAAUCGAACCACGGCAAUAUUCACUACACCUGUCUCUAUCGGUUCCGAGUGCAUGGCGAUAAGGUGUAAUGAUGAUACGUUGUACCCGAUUCGAUAGCAAUGAAGUUUUUCGUUUUAGUUCAAGUCAGGUUUGCAGCUAUUUGGAGGUGAAACAGGCGGCAAUAUUUUUAAAUCGUUUUACAUAUUUAUUCCUCAGUUAUGACGAACGUUUUAACGUGUCGCGUGUGCAGUCCAUAUUGUAAAUAAUUUUGUUUUUUGUUUCCAACCUAGUAGAUAAUUACAUUGUAUAUCUGCGUCCUCGUUUUGCUAGACUAAACGUUGGAAUUAUACCAUUGAUUGUAGAGUUUAAAAUGCUAUUGUAUGAGCGUCCUAUGUAUAGCAAUAAUAGGGAAUUGUUGUCUUUAAUGUCAAUAUUUUAAAAGGUUUUUGUUUAUUUGAAACAUUUUAUCUACUUUACAUACAAUACCAAAAACUUAAGCAACAAAAAUCGUUGUGCGAAUUUAAUUUCAUUACUCCAACAUUGUUUUUUUUUUGUUUUGAGUUCAAGUUUACCUACUAAAACCUGUUUUCUAUUUGUAUCUCAUUUGCAUCUUUUUCCCAGCUAUUCGUCCUUCGAAUAAUGUGUGGGAAUAUAUU